GAAAUUGUGGUGUUUGUUAAUUUUCAUAGAAGCCUCUCUUACUGGAACGCCAUGGCUCUUAGAAUUAGAUCCGAACUACAAAAUAUUUCUUUGUUCUCGAACACGUUUAAUACUCAGAUAAGAUGUCUCCAUAUACACGAAUAUCAGUCACAGAAGCUCAUGAAACAAAAAGGAAUACCUAUUCCAAUGGGUCAGCUCGUUAGAUCAAAGCGAGCUGGACAGGUUAUGAUGCAACGUGUAGGAGGAAAAAACCCUCACGCACUUCUAAAGCCUCAAACCCUCCGUGGUAAACGAAAGUUCUCGGAAAUAACACACGAAACAUGGGGAAAAGAUAGAAUAAAAGUGUUACUGUGCUAUAUCAGAGAGACUACCGGACAGAAAGACCAUAGGGAUCUGACAAUCCCGCUCUAUAUGGAAAAGUUUGUGGAACAUGAAGAGAAGUGGCGUCUCACUAUGGCUGUUGAUCGAGAGAGAUAUCGACCGAUAAUCAAGAUUCGAGAUACCAAGGACCCCCAGGGCCUUCCCAAUGCUCUAUACGAGCGUGCGUUUCAGGAAGUGUUCGAGUUCAGCCUGAGUACCGGUAUCACUGAGGAGUUACUUUCCGACAUAGCGCAGAGUUUUCACCUGGGCAAGGACUCAAGGGAUAGCUUGAGAGAAGUCAUCCGACGCCUUUUCAGUAUCUUUCGGGAGAAGGACGCGCUUAGUCUGGAAACAGAUCUUUUGUUUCUUAAAGAUGGAAAGUUUAUGUGCAACAACUCGGAUUUCUUCUUUGACGACGCAGCUCGGGAGCGGCAGCGAAAGCUCUUUUUCUUGAGGGAUAAGAAACAGGAGAUCCCAGAGGAAUUGCGAGCGGAAAAGCAUGGGCUGGUGUAUGUUCAUAUGGAUGGAAAUAUUGGGAACGUGGUUAAUGGUGCGGGACUUGCGAUGGCUACGAAUGAUGCGAUUAGUCUGUAUGGUGGUUCGAGUGCGAAUUUUCUUGAUGCUGGGGGUCAAGCGACCAAGGAGACGAUGCUGCAGGCUUUCAAGAUCAUCAUGUCUGAUAUGCGAGUCAAGGUGAUUCUAGUCAAUAUCUACGGCGGAAUCACAAGAUGCGAUAUGAUUGCAGAAUCCAUCAUAGCAGCAGCAAGCGAGCUUGGUCCCUUGAAAGUUCCCAUGGUAGUCAGAUUACAGGGAACAAACUCAGAGGCUGGACUCAAGCUGCUCAAAGAUGCCACCUUGAAUAUCCACGUUGAGGCAGACUUUGGGAAAGCCGCUCAGGAGGCAGUCAGGCUGGCAGACAUAGGCGCGAAAGCUGAAAGCUGAAGGUAAAGCGACAGAGUGUUCGUGAGCUGCCCGAAUAGCUUGAAGAGGACAGCGAAGCGAGAUAGGUAUGUUCUUAGGGGUUUGGAUCAAACUGGGCUGCUUCUAAGUUCUCUGUGGUGAUAAAAGCUCUCAGCCACAAGUCUCAAUUGCAAAUAACACAUCUGAGCUGCUGCUUCAACUGGGUCCUUGACAUAACUUCAACGCAAUUGCAUGUUCUAUGAUUGCCAAUUGCGACCUAGGGUCUAUGACUAUGGCUAUUACUUUUAUACAGGGGGAAUACUAUCUACUAUUUAUUACUGCUGUACAUGUGAAAGACGCCUCAUCCGAAU